AUGACCCAGAAGAAAAAGUUUAUAAACGGAGGGCUGAAGCCACAGAUCGUGCCCGCAACAGAGAAGAGCGCUGCAACGAAGGCGAAAGAAGAUGAAGUUUUGUCUCUCCUCACAGAAGGCGAAGCAGAAGAUACAAUCUGUGGAUUAGGGUCUUGUACGCCCUCGUGGUUACAGUCGUUGGCGCGCAAAGAGUGUUACCUGUUGGUGUACUGCGGAAUAGCGCUGAUUCAAGGCAUGUUCUUCACCUACACCGUCUCCGUUAUCUCUACGAUCGAGAAAAGGUUCAAGCUCACGAGCAAGGAGUCGGGUGCCUUCCUCUCGGGAAACGACAUAUCCCAGGUCAUCUUGGCUAUGUUCCUGGGCUACUAUGGCAACUGCGGCCACCGUCCGCGCUGGAUGGGCGUGGGCGUGAUGUUUGCGGCAGUAUCGUGCUUCAUGGCGCUCCUGCCUCACCUCCUGUACGGGCCCGGCCAGGAGGCCAUCGAUCUCGCCGAGGCCUCGAGCUCGGCCGCGACCUCGCUCCUCGCCAAUGUUUCGGACGCCGUGACCCAGAAAAGGAAAAAGAAUGAUCUGUGUUUUUCGCCUUACGAGAGCACCUGCACCGGCGAGGACGCGGAGAACUAUUCUUACUAUGGCGCGGUUAUCAUCUUCUUCGUCUCGCAGUUCUUCGUGGGCAUCGCCAUCAGCGUGUUCUUCACCAUCGGCGUCACAUACCUCGACGACAACAUCAGCAAGAAGACCUACCCUAUAUAUUACGCGGCCACGUUGCUCCUGAGGAUCUUGGGUCCGGUGCUCGGAUACCUCAUGGGCGGGAACUUCCUCUCCAUGUGGAUCGACCCGACGAAGAGACCGAACCUGACGCAGCGGGACCCACGGUGGCUCGGCGCCUGGUGGUUGGGAUUCCUAGUGUUGGGGUGUGUGUUGGUGGUGCUGGGGAAUCUUUUGUUCUUGUUCCCACGGAAGUUACCGGCGACACUGCGAAGGGAAGCGAGGGCCAUCCUGAAGCAGGCACAGAAGGACUCUGAGGAAGGAGAGAACCGAGGAGUGGAGUUCUUCGUCAAAAAGGCCAAGGCUAAGAAAGUGGAAAGGAAACCCACGCUUGCAAAUCUUAAAAAGGCCCUGAAGCGCAUAUUCACCAACAAGAUCUGGAUCGCCAAUCUCUUCAACACCACGACCUACAUCCUCGCUGUUUCUGGCUACUGGAACUUCAAACCCAAGUACCUCGAGAACCAGUUUAGGAAGAGCGCCGCAGAAGCGAACUACUACACGGGAGUCACGAGUCUGACGUCCGUGAUCCUUGGCACUGGACUUGGAGGAGCGGUGAUGAGAUGGGCCAGACCGAGUCCCAGGUUCGUCACAGGAUACAAUAUCUUCGUCACGUUGUUUGUGUGCGCUGGCUUCACCUCCCUCAUGUUCAUCGGCUGUCCCAAGUUAGAGGUUAUUGGGCCCGUUGAUGGGUCGCCACUACCCGGGUGCUCUUCCAACUGCGGGUGUUCAGACAGGUUCUCGCCCAUGUGUUCCGAGGACCAAACCACGCUCUUCUACUCGCCUUGCUACGCUGGCUGUACGGCCAUUGACACCUCCGUUAGUCCCAUCGUUUAUAGUAACUGCAGCUGUAUUACGAACACAACGAACCCUUUAUCGGCGUCCCAUGAUGCUUCAACUGGAGACAAGAGCGCCGUGCAGUUCGGGAGCGGCGUGAGCGGCUACUGCCCCGAGCCCUGCGACUCCUUCUUCUAUUACCUCAUCAUCAAGAUCAUCAUCAGCACCGUCACGCACCGCAGAGUGGGCAGCAGCAAAGCGGUGUCAGCGUCUUGUAAUGCUCUUCCAUUAUUCUCUGACAGCUGUGUUGAGGAUGAAGAUAAAGGCUUGGCUCUGGGAGUCGUGACUGUCUUCAUCAGCCUCUUCGGUCUCAUCCCUUCACCCAUAAUGUUGGGCGCCGUUAUAGACUCUGCGUGCCUCGUGUGGGAUACGUCGUGUGGAAUGACGGGAAACUGCUGGCUAUAUGACUCCGACGCUUUCAGAACUAUCCUACACUUAGUUCCUGCUGUGAUCGUCUUCAUCUCAGUCUUCGGUGACAUCGUCGUGUUCCACUACAGUCGUCAGCUGGACCUGUACGGCGAGAGGGACGAGGAGGUCCACCUGGAAGACCUCAAAGACCAGACGGAGGAAUCGAAACCUCUAAAUGCGUCGAAGGGUGAUGGAGGUUUCGAAAUGGGUCUGCAGUGACAUGUGUGAUGAAGACUCUAUCAGUUCCUCAUUAUUUCAUCAUGUUUUUUAUGCACAGGGGUUCUCUUAACUGUAGAUAUUAUUUGUAGAAGAUACGUGAUUCUCGCUACAUUCAUUUUCGUCUACCUACUCAUUAGUACUAAUAUAUUUUUAAGGUCACUGGAAUAGUUACCAUUAUAAACAUACUGUAGAUUGUGUAUGUACGCUUUAC